CUAAUCAUCCAUACACAACCAAAACAUCACACAUUGUCUUUCCUUUUAGAGCCUCUUCAACUUGUAAUUUGAAUAAAAAGAACAAAAGAUUCAGAUGGGUUCUUGUCUCAGUGCUCAGUUAAAAUUACAAACUUCUUGUCAUGAUGGUAAGGUUGCAUCUGCAACAACACCACCUAGACCUCUAAGCCAAGAUGACAUUUUGCGAUCAACGAAUUUAAAAUCGUUUAGCUUCAACGUACUUAAAACAGCCACCAGGAGUUUCCGUCCGGAUAGUGUGUUGGGUGAAGGUGGUUUCGGUAUGGUUUUUAAAGGUUGGAUAGAUGAGCAAAAUGUUACCGCGGCCAAGCCUGGCACACGCACCGUUAUUGCUGUAAAGAUAUUAAACCAAAACGGUCUACAAGGUCACCGAGAAUGGUUGACGGAAAUAAACUAUUUAGGACAGCUGAAACAUCCAAAUCUGGUGCAACUAAUCGGUUACUGCAUAGAGGGCGACAAAAGACUCCUUGUGUACGAGUUUGUGUCGCGUGGCAGCUUGGAAAACCAUCUUUUUAAAAGGGGUUGUCGGCCUCUCUCUUGGAGCCAACGUUUAAAGGUUGCUCUUGGUGCUGCCAAGGGGCUUGCGUAUCUUCAUAGCCCGGAAGCAAAUGUGAUAUAUCGGGAUUUCAAGUGUUCAAAUAUCUUGAUUGAUUACGAGUACAAUGCAAAACUUUCUGAUUUUGGGCUGGCUAAGGAUGGGCCAGUGGAUGGGAAAAGCCAUGUAACCACAAGGGUCAUGGGCACUUAUGGAUAUGCAGCUCCUGAGUACAUGGCAUCAGGUCACUUGAGUGAACGAAACGACAUCUACAGUUUCGGGGUGGUUCUUCUUGAAAUUUUGACAGGAAGACCAUGCAUUGACAAAAACCGUCCAUCUAACGAAAAAAAGUUGGUUGACUUUGCUAAGCCUUAUUUGACUAGCAGAAGGAUUCUUCAAAUUAUGGACCGUAGGAUUGAUGGUCAGUACGCUUCUGAUGUCGCCAUGAGAGUUGCAGCUCUUGCAAAGAAGUGUCUUGCAGUAAGACCUAAAGACAGGCCGACUGCUAAUGAGUUGGUCGAAGCGUUGGAACAACUUCAAGAACCUCAAAAAGGGUCUUGUAUUCGUAGAAAAUAAGAAACGGUUCGGAAACUUAGUGGCACAAGAAUGUUGGUUACCUCUGGCAGGUGGCUUCUAAAGACUAAAGGUGCUAGUGUUGAGUGAGACAAAAUAUCCCUUUUACUGUUUUACAGUCAUGAAUGUAUAAUUCCAAAAGAUGUAAAAAUGAAGCAGGAUGGUUUUAGUAAUAUAGUUUUGGUAAAGUUAAUAGUAUCAAUGUUUUCUUAUCA